AUGUAUGUGUAUGUUAUGUGGACCUCGCGCUUUGACUUUGGUGAACUCGUCUUGUCCACGAACAUUGUGUCUGUGUCUCAUUCAUCGAUUCAAACAACAACAAUCGUAGUCACAGGCUCAAGAGUGUGUCGCAGCUACACGACCGCCACAUCCACCGCGACCUUGCCCAACAACAACAACAAUGUCAACAAUGUCAACAAUGUUAUAACAACAUUAAAGUCGAGAGGCUUUGUAUACCAGAUGACAGGAAAUGAGGAGGAGUUGAUAAAGCUCACAAGUCAACCAAUAGCGUUGUAUGCAGGCUUUGAUCCAACAGCAGACAGUCUACACAUUGGUAACUUGUUGAUGUUGAUGGCUUUGUUACACUUUCAACGCAGUGGACACAAGCCUGUAGCACUGCUCGGUGGUGCCACAGGCCUAAUAGGUGACCCCAGUGGUAAGUCCACUGAGCGUCCACAACUCGACACAUCAUUCGUCGUCGACAACACAUCACAUAUACGCGAGAACAUUGCAGCGAUACUUGGUAAUGACGCGACCAUUGUCAACAACAUUGAUUGGAGCAAGAACUUGUCAAUCAUUGAUUUCUUUAGGGAUACCGCGAGGUACUUUAGGGUCGGAUCGAUGCUGAGGAAGGACUUUGUAAACAAUCGUGUCGGUACUAUGAUUGAGCAGGACGGCAAGAAGCAUCUGGUGUUGAACGAUGAUGAGAGCAGUGGCACGGGCAUCAGUCUGCCAGAGUUCUGUUACUCACUGUUCCAAGCCAAUGACUAUGUUCAUCUUCACAAGACACAUGGAUGCGUCAUCCAGAUUGGAGGCUCGGAUCAGUGGGGCAACAUCACUGAUGGCUGCGAUCUCAUCAAGAAGAAGCUCAACAAGCAGGCAUAUGGCAUCACCAUCCCAUUGCUGACCAACAGCCAGGGCAAGAAGUUGGGCAAGAGUGAGGGCAACUCCAUUUGGCUGUCGCCUCAGAGGACCAGUCCCUACAACUUCUACCAAUACUUUAUCCAGAUUGCCGACGAGGAUGUUGAUAAGCUGCUCAAGUACUUCACCUUCCUCUCUUUGGAGGAGAUCGCUGCUGUGGUCAAGCAACACGCUGCUGAGCCACAUCUCAGACUGGGACAGAGGAAGCUUGCCGAGUGUGUCACAGAGUUGGUACAUGGCAGGAAGGGUCUGGACGAGGCCAUCAACACGACCAGUCUGUUGUUUGGCGACAAGCUUAUGACUGGUGGAUCAGAAAGUGAGACAAAGGAGAUUGGUCGACUGUUGAAUGGUGUCAACGCAAUCAAGAUGCCUCGAUCAAUGCACGUCGGCGGUGGGGACAAGCAAACAACAGUGCUCAAUCUGUUUGUUCAAGUGUCUGGCAUGUCAAAGAACCAAGCCAAACUCCUUCUCAAGAAUCAAUCGAUAUACAUUAAUGGCGAGCCUGUCAAGACAUUUGACCAGGUCAUCGAGCCAGGCGAUUUAAUAUGCAACGACUUUGUUCAUCUGCGAUCGGGCAAGAAGGCCUACUAUCUCAUAAAGUUCACCUAA